UGGCCGCCUGUCUGUCUUGUGUGGCUGGCUGAGGGGGAAUCGCGCGUCGCGUCGGCUGCCGGUCAGGUCCGGUUUGGGAGGCUUCGAUUACGCGGCGGUGGCGACGACGACGACGACGCGGCGGCGUUCCCUUCUUCCUCUUCCCCCUCCGCGGCUCUGGCCCGCUUCCGUGCGUUGACGCAGGUAGAGGGGCCCUCCCUGCCCCGGCCGUGUGGGAGGCGCCCGGUCUGCUCCGCGCCUGGACGUUCAAUGCUCUCGGUUUUCCAUUCGAAUCCACGUCACACAUUUAUGGCGAUUCUGAGUGUCAGGGCAGAUUUCUGCCGGGCCCAGCACAGCACCCUGGCUGACAAGUGAGCUGGGGGCCAGGGUCCUACGUGCCAUAACGAGACUUUGCCUUGAAGACUCCAGACACCGAGACAUAAGCCUCAAAUAUAUGGGGAUAUUUUCUGCACAUUGGACACCUUUUCCUCUUGGUGACGCUAGAGAAGCAAAGCUUGGCCAAACACAAGUGGAAAGAAGAUCUGCCCUUAAAUUUUCUUUGUGCCUCACCAGUGCCUAAAUGUAAUAAAGGCUGCCUAUUUUGUGCAUGUAGGGCAGAGUCUUGAGGAGAACCGCCUGUAGUAAUUGAGGCUGAAGUUGAAGUGCAGCACGUUUAAGCAAACCUGCUUUUCUUGAAGUGAAGAAUCAUCUUACAGAACUUAACAAGGAAAGCUCUGACCUAUUCCCAGACACUUUAGUGAUUUUUUUAAAUGUUUUCUGCUGUGAAACGUUGCAAGGUUUGAUUUUUUUUUUUUUUUGGCCCCAUCACUCCUCCUGCCACUAUGAACCGUCCUGCUCCAGUGGAGAUUACUUAUGAGAGUAUGCGCUUCCUAAUUACCCACAACCCAACCAAUGCAACCCUCAACAAAUUCACAGAGGAGCUGAAGAAGUAUGGAGUGACAACCUUGGUGCGUGUCUGUGAUGCUACCUAUGAUAAAGCACCAGUUGAAAAAGAAGGAAUUCAAGUUCUGGACUGGCCAUUUGAUGAUGGAGCACCACCUCCAAGUGAAAUUGUGGAUGACUGGCUUAACCUUUUGAAAACAAAAUUUCGUGAGGAACCUGGCUGCUGCGUUGCUGUACACUGUGUUGCAGGGCUUGGAAGAGCCCCAGUUCUGGUUGCCCUAGCACUCAUUGAAUGUGGAAUGAAGUAUGAGGACGCUGUGCAGUUUAUAAGACAGAAGAGGAGGGGAGCUUUCAAUUCCAAACAACUGCUCUACCUUGAGAAAUACCGACCGAAGAUGCGAUUACGCUUCAGAGAUGCCAACGGCCACUGCAUUAUGCAGUAAGGGGGAGGCCCUCCAUGAAGUCUUGACGCUAUCAUGGCUGUCUUUUUGGACUCGUGGAACCUGGAAAUGUAAUUCUGGAGUUGAACGACAUAUUUACCAUAGCGGAGUGGGUGCUCCUCUGCCUUUGUCCCAAUGAUGAUGAUUGUGAUAAAAAAUAAAAGUAAAAGUAAACAUUUCAGUGAAGGAUUGUCUUCUCAUGUUGCAGUCUGAACAUCUGCCAAGAGACGAGCAUUCUUUGAACCUUCUGUAUUUUUAACUUUUUGGAGAGAGAUAAAUUAAUAAAAUCAAUUCUAUGUCUCAAGGAAAACCAGACUAUCAGACUGUGCAGAAACCAUUGGAGCAGGACAGCAUCCCUCACUUAGGUCCUAGCCCAAAUUUAUUUUUUAGUUUUGUACUAGUUAUUCCUCUUACUGGUGAAAGAUGGCAGACAGAAUUUAAGGAGCGCCUGUAUAGCUAGUAUGUGGUUGGCAGCCUUAAUGCCAAGUGGGUGUUCCAAGAAGUGCUGUACAAUGAGUUUGCAGCUGAUAGGCAUUUGGGGAGAGUUGCUUUUGGUAAACCUAUCACAAUGGGUGAAAGUCCUUUUCUUAACUGAACAUCUUCAGUUAUCAUUCAGUUAACAUGUAAACAGUCAUUAGAAAUGAGGGAUGGCCUACUUUGUAACCCUUGGGACGCUGUUUGUAAUUGAGGAUCUGAUCCCUCUAAAAAGAGUGAUGUGUGGAUGUCCAAAUCACAUGCAUUAAGGCAGGAAUUUCAGAUGGGAUCCUCUGUGCUGAAAUGUUGCCCACCAUUUGGCUGCAAAUAGAUGUCUCUAAAUAAUUUGGAAGUUAGCUUCCUGCCAUUUGGGCAGAAAAACUGACGCAGCAUAGGAAGAGAACAGGCAUGUGUGUGUGUUUAAGGUUAAAACAACUCCUGUUAUAAAGUCUGGAUGGGAAGGCUGUGUGCUUCUUGUCUGAAUGAUCCUUGCUUCUCUGAAAGGAAUAAACUUGAAUGAAGUCUAGUUCUAAUAGGGCUUUGGUGCCCAUUGGCAUCUCUUGAUCUUGAGUUCUCAAUGCCUGUAUUUUUCCAGACUGGGCUCAUGUAUAGUUUACUGUAACCACUGAUUGCCUUGUUUCUGACUUUUCAUCAGGUUCUUAAGGGAGCCUUGCUGGUUGCACACAACCAAUGCCUCAUAGGCAUAUGCUGUAUUCAGAGCGUAAUAAAUACAGAGAAUGUGUCCUGAAUUUUGGUCAGAAGAGCAUUGCUUGUGCUUAGCCAGUUUUAGGUGACCUCUCUAGGAAAUUGCUUUGGCUAGGCUGGGUCCACAGUUGCAGUGCCAACAGAACCCAUGUCCCUUUCUUCCGUUUUAAAAUUUCUUUGGCUACUUAAAAUUUUGAAUUAGCUUGCAAUUUAGUCUCUUGCACAGUGUCAAAGGCUUUGGUAAGUCACUCUCAGCAGCUCUUUCAGUGGGUAUAGACAAGGCCUUACAGACCUUCUAAACAGGGCACUAUUUCUGCAUUGUGUCUGAUCACUUAACAUUCCCCUUAAAUAUUUUGAGUGCAGAAAGUGGAUCACAGUCUUUAAAGCUCCAUACAGACUUAAAUCAAUCUAAUUGUGAUGGUACCAUGCCAAUAAGUUUAAUUUGUGGGUGGCUUAAUAGACUUAAGUCUGAAACUGUUGGCCACAAAUGCCAUCUUUCCUCUAAAAUAUGGCAUGUAUUUGGGGUGGGUGUUGGCAUUAUAUUUAAAACAUGCAAGUGAUCAUAGUGCCAUGGACUGUGCGUUAAAAAAGAGUGCUUAUCUGGAACAAUGAUUAUAGGUUGGGAAAUGUGGAAAAUAACAGGUUGUUGAAUUUUCCUCUUCUUCUUUCCCAUUUUGCCCUCGUGCACAUAAAGGCACAAAUUGUCCUUGUAACUAGUCUCACUUCUACAACACGUGUAAGAGUUUUUUGCUUAAAAGCUACAACUUAAGAUGUUGUAGCCAAAUAUAAAACAGCCCCAGACUUGUAGAACAAGUGGAUUACUUUUGUUUUUCCUAUGUAUAGUUUUGUUUCCCCUUUUAAUUUCACAUCGAUGUAUUACAGUAUAUUAGCUUGUAUUGCAACCUUAACAGAACUGAGAAGGUGGGGCGGUUAAGCGCACAGGGAUGCACGUUCUGUCAUAGAGUAGAAAUGCUAGAGCUUCAUUGUGAGUUGGGCUCACCAGGCACAAACAUUUCUGGUUCAGCACUUGGAACACAGUGCAAUAAAGUUCUUACUGUAUAAAGUCUC